UGACCACAUAGUAAGAGAUAAGAAAACAGGCCAAAGAAAUGACAUACCUCCAAACUAGAGACUCCAGUCGUUCUUUGACUCACGUAGAUCGUAGUCUAGCGGUCGGACUUGUCGCUUUGUGUCUAGUUCAACAUGCGUUAUAGGGGCACCAAGUCAUAAUGUUUUUUUGAUUAGUUUCUUAGAUGAUUUAUGGAAUAUUGUGAUUAUGCGAGUUCUUUUAUCGACGGAUCAUUAUUUGUUUUGCUGGAAAAGCAAACACUUCAAGAAGUAUUGCUGGUCUAUGGAUUUGCAAACCGUGCGAGAACCAAGCUGAAUGUGAUUCUCAACCCAAAGAAUAUUGCGUCUGGGGAGAAGUCAGGGAUGCAUGCAACCGAAGAGCAUGCGCAAAGGGCCCAGGAGAAAGAUGCGGAGGUUCCUUGAACAUUUUGGGUCAAUGCGGAGAAGGAAUGAUGUGCAAGUCUGAUGAAAAAUGCCACGGAUGUUCUCUCCAAACCAUGCAAUGCUACAAUGAAUAGAACUUAAUUUGAUCUCAAUAUUACAAGAAUCAGUAUUACCGGCCCUUCGGUCCAGACAUUUCCUAUAUGUGACAAACGCCCGAUAUUAAAUGUUUAGUUUUUCAACAACAUAACUAGGAUAUAUAAUGAAUGUAACUAUAUUUAUAGGUAAAUUAUUUUAAUUAUUCAAUGAUGCGAACAAAUAUACCAGAUGGAUACUUUGUACAUUUCAGAAA